AUGUUUGAAUAAUUGACAUCCACUCUUACAACUAGACCAUUAACAUUCGCAAAGUUUUCGUUUCAAAAGGGUGAAGUGGAAUCAGACGAAUAACUAAGACCCAUUGUUAGUGGAAUUUAUCAGCAUUAGAGACAGGGUUCUAUGCUUACGAGCGAACUUUGGUCGAAAAAGCAAUGUCGACAAUAUUUGAAGUAAACCAACAUGUAGACAGCCAAGGGUGUUCUGAAGAGAUUUGCUCAUUGGGAGUGGGAUUAGAAUUCUAAUAAGGAAAGAUUUAAGAAUCUCACUGAAAAGCAUAAAUAAAUUACUUAUACUAAUGAACGUGAAUUGGUAACCAAAUUGUAAUUGGGUACUAUUGAAGGUGAGAAGAGAUUAAGAUAGAAAAUACUGAGAGAUUGGAGAAUACAAUAGAGUUACGACAUUCAAGGAGAAUUAGAGAAGUACAAAGAUUCAGAGAUUAUUAAAUCCAAAGGAAUGAAGUCUCAUAAAUAGAGUUAAUCAUAUGGAUAAUUGCCAUUGAGAUUUUUGGUUAAAAAUCAUCAAAUAAACCAUAUUAUAACAGAGCUUUCAGAAUUGCAGGAAGAUACGAAGAAAGAUAAGAAGAAUUUUGAUAGAGUGUUAAAAUAAAAGAGAAAUAACAAUCGUUUAUAAAAGAUAUCUUUUGAUUAAUUUUUGUAAGACUGA